AUGGUUGAAGUUCAAUGGUGGACUGCAGUCCUCGCAGAGGAACGUGGGUGGGAGGCGAUUCCGACUCGGGAUGGUAAGCAGUACUAUCCGCCAUGGGAAUGUCAUUUGGACGGCAGUUCAUUCAGACUGCAUCAUUGCGCACAAGUGCCAUCCUCGAUCUCUGCCUUCGAGCCACCAUCUGCAGCAGAAGCCUAUGACUACCUUUGCAAUUUCACCCGAUUUCAUGAUGCUUUUGGUCAAUGGCGCAUUUGCUGCUGCUCUCACAUUACCAUCGCAGAACCGAUUUAG